CGAUAGUAACCCCAUGGACGGUACCCAUCACAACUGUCGGGGAUAGCUUUACGUGUUUUUGUUUAUACAUAAUUAUUAUUUAUAUUAGCUCUUAGUAGCUAUCUACAUACUUGUUGUAUACAUGUGUGAGCCCGUGUGUGAUAUGGCAGCUUCUACCGUCGACCCACCACUUUGAACAUAGAACUCAAAACUUCAAAUCAUCCUUCAAGAUGAGGAUAAAAAUGCCCGCUGUUCGGAUCGCACAAGCGGAUGUAGACAUGCAGCAGGACACUGAUGUGCUGACGUGCGGGGCAUGCCAGAAAGCCUUCGCCCUCGGGGACAUCGUCAAGUUCAUCCAACACAAGGUGCUAGCUUGCAACAAGGAGAACUACUCAUGCAACGACACCGGCAACAAUAACGGAGAGUCGGGAGACUCGGACGGCGAAGUUGGGGUGGUCGUGCGGAGGCCGUCCAUCUCUGCCCCGAUGAAGAGGUCAGAGGAACCACGGUGCUCCACCCCCAAGAGGCGGGCCACCCCCGGUUCGGCAUCGCCCACCCCCAUCAAGGCCGACCUCGACUCCAGCCUGCCUGUGUCGUCGCCGGAUGAAGGGCCCUGCAAGAAGUUGAGGACGGACGUUGUUGACGCUCAGUCCAACACCACCAACUCAGAACCGAAUAAUUACGUCUGCUCGACGUGUAAGGCUCGACUACACUCGGCUUGGAGACUGGUUCAACACGUUCAGAACAGUCAUGGCAUCAAGAUCUAUGUCGAAGGUUCCUCUACGGGAUCAACUUCAUCACUGGGAUCUUCGCCCGGAACCUCUGUUGGAAAAAACCACUCCACCUCUUCAACAUGUUCGAGCUCACCCGGAUGUUCCGGAGCUCCACCGACAACGCCAUUGGCAUUACCUCCACCAGCUGCACCAGUGACAUCUUCGAGAUUACCCUCUCCACUCAUAGAUCCUCACCUUCCUCUGCACAACCCUUUCACCGUUGGUGGUCUUCUGAGGAUGCCACUCGAACCAACGAGGCACCACCAGUUCACACCAAGUUCCCUGAGCACUAGUGGUGGCUCCAUGUUUGCCAGACCCUCUAGUCACAAUGAACACCACUUCAGAAUGGAGCAACUUGUGUCAGAACAAUUUCGACACCACCCUCUCGGCCUAGCGGCAGCGGCCGUGGCUGCGGCGGUCCCUCCUCCACACUUUGGACCCCCACCUACCGAACGCCCUCCUCCUACCUCCAGGUCUCUUCCUCCACCACCAUCGCUCCCUUUGUCUUUGGAGCCGCAAAUAGAUUUUUAUUCCCAGAGAUUAAGGCAAUUGGCGGGGACGACAAGUCCUGGCGCUGCCAACGGUAAUUCUUCACCUUCUCCUAGAAAGUUGACUCCACCUUUCACUAGUCCUAACAGUAAUCUUCCGACAUCAGUUAGUAUUGCACCCUCUUUGAUGUUCAAUAACAACAAUAAUAUCAGCACCAAUAACAACAAUAUUACGACGAGUUCUACGAGGUCGCCUACUCCACGGCCUCAAACGACUUCUCCGAAUUUGGAGUUGAAACCUUCUCAAGUCAGUGACAGCCCACCCCAAGAAACUGUCGAUCUCACUUCAACUCCCCGAUCGGCUUCAACACCUCCGAAUAAGCAGGAUUUUUCUGGAAAUCAGACUUCGGAAAAUAUGGACGUUUCAGAUCCUAAUCGUAUACAUUCUUGUGACUAUUGUGGGAAAAAAUUCAGGUUCCAAAGUAACCUGCUCGUCCACAGGAGAUCGCAUACAGGCGAGAAACCAUACAAAUGUUCAGUGUGCAACCACGCAUGCUCUCAAAGUUCCAAGUUGAAACGUCACAUGAAGGUUCAUAAAAGGAGUAGAAACAAAAACUCCGAGGGAGGAAAUGCGAAUGGCAGUGGUAGUGUAAAUACAACGCCAGACCAGAUGUCGAAUGCUGGUUCUGUUGAAACACUCGAUGAUGAAGAUGAUGACGAUGAUGAAGAAAUUGAUGAGGAGGACGAUGAAGAAGAAGAUGAAGAGGAAGAGGAAGAAAUGGAAUUGGAGGAAGAAGAAGGUGAUGAAGAUGAUGAUCUUGGAGGGGAUGCUCCCGAGGAUUUGACUACAAAAUCGACUUCUUCUACUCCUCCUACUACAGAUAACAACAAAGGGGGCUCAGGUUCUCCACUUCCUGAUAAAGUCAAUUCCUCCGGAUCUUUAGUUGGGGAACUCAUGGAUAAAUUUGGGUUAAGCAAUAUACAGCAAUACAGUGAAGCAUACAAAGCAGCACUGCAAGAAUCUGUCGGUGGUCAUCAUUUGAUUUCUAGAAAGGAUGACUUAUUACAAAGAUCACAUUUAAUUUCAGAUAACAAUAACGUUGGUAGUAAGCCAUCACCUACUGGGAGAUUAGAGAAUGGUCUCCUUGAAAAAUCUGCAGCUCUGAGAUUUCGAGAAGAGUUCGCAAAAAACAUUAUCACGGGCCAACCGCAGCUAGACCUGGUCGGUGGCCCUCAUGGAAUCUUUGGGCCGUCCUUCGAGAAUCCUUUCGAUGCAAGCAAGCGAGUAAAAUUGGAAGGAAGAGAGAUGGGUCGGCACGCAGAACGUGAUAUGUACGCUGGUCUCUGGUUUCCUGGUCUAUCUCACCACCGGGACCAGAUUUUUGGAACGAAUGGAUCUGACUCUGACAAAGAUAAGGUUAAAGUCCCAGCAGGAGCAGGUACUUCUUUGGCGGCAGCUGCAGCGGCCGCGGCAGCCCUGAAUCUCGGUAUUCCAACACAAAACAUGAAGAAGGACAGCAGGAGAAAUGACACUUGUGAGUUCUGCGGCAAGGUAUUCAAGAACUGCAGCAACCUCACUGUACACAGGAGAUCUCACACAGGAGAAAAGCCAUACAAAUGUGAACUCUGUUCUUAUGCCUGUGCCCAAAGCUCAAAAUUGACAAGGCAUAUGAAGACCCACGGUCGGAUGGGGAAGGAUGUGUAUAGGUGCAGGUUCUGCGAGAUGCCAUUCUCAGUUCCGUCCACCCUUGAAAAGCACAUGCGAAAGUGCGUCGUGAACCAGAACAUAAAAGUAGAACACAUGCUUCCCUCCAUCAUGAGCGGAGAUGAAGACUCGGCAGCUUCUACCCCUAAGGACGCCGCUUCGACAUGACUUUGCCCAUGGGCCGGGUACCCCAUCCUCCCAGCCCAGAGCAUAUAUUAGGGAGGUGUGCUGCCCCACAAAGGCUACUCUACUGUUUGUCUUUCCUGGUUACUUUUAGGAACAUGUUUACGGUUCCUGGUAUUUUGUUGUAACUUUAAAAGUAAUUGACGCCAAAGCAACGUAUUUUAUGAUGACCGAUAGCGAUGUACAUACAGUACUUAAGUUUCAGUGUCCUCCGUACUUAGAUUUUUUGAAAAUCUUGAUAUCAAUCUGUUGAGUGAGUUAUUAGGAAGUUUGAUAAUCUUUUCUAUUUCAUGAUGUAUUUGUUAAUUCAGUUAAUUUAUGUGCAUUGUUUAUUGUAUAUUUUAAAAGCUGUUAGUACAAACACGUCAUUGUUUUUUACAAUGUUCUAUGCAAAGAAUUGGAUUACCAUACCAUCCGUGAACAACAUAUAUUGGGUUUGAGAGACGAAUCUCGUGUCUUAUAAUUAAUUAUAUCUGCGAAUUAUAAAUAUAUAUAUGUAUAUAUUUUUUGUUUAGAGGGCAUGAGUGUUCCUUCCUUAUUCUCAUUAUAUGCUAAUGUUUUUUUACCAAUUGAAUUACAUUUUAUUGUUCUACAUUCCUACGGCAUAUCACUUCUUAUAGAUACAUCUGAGAAAGACUUUAUCCAUGAAUGGAUAUUUAAAUGUUAUUGUACUUAAACAACUUGUGAUAUAUUAUAAAAUUCCACAAAUGAAAAAAAAAUUCAUUUUAAUUACCAUUUUAAUCGUUUGAUUUUUUUUUGUUAUAUAAUAUUUUGUAUUUUUAUGUAUAAUUGAAUUUAUGUAUAUGUAUAAAUGUGUGUAAAUGUCAUAUAUGUAUCAAUGUAUAUAAAUCUAAAUGCGUUAUUUAAUAUUAUCGUAUAAAAAAAAAAUAAAUAAAUAAAACUUAAGAGUGAGAAGACGGGAAAGAUAUACUCGAAGCUAUUUCAACCAGAGUUAGGACAUUUGGCAUAAGAAAAUUAAAAGACGUUUCAAACAAAAUGAAUCAGAAAAAAAAAAAAAAAGGUGACAUUGUUUUCAUGAACAAUACAAGUUGAAUCUUUGAUAAAAAAAUCUCCUAUUGACAAUUAUAUCUUUGCAAUAAGAUUUUUAACUUUAGGGUAUGACAAUUGUUAAUAUCAAGUAUGUUCCUCUACUUAGAUCAUGAUAUAAUUUCAUCUAUUAUUUUUGUAAAAGGUAUAAAAAUUAGUAUAUUCAACCCAAUCGCGAUGUUUUUAAGAAAAGUCUAAAAAAAAUAUAUAUAUAAAAAGCCUUUAAAAGAUUUAACCCAAUUGCCCCUCCUUCCAUUACUAUUAUAGAAAACAAUAUUACAGGGUAAAAUAUACUAUUAAAGAAGAAGAAAUAUAUAUUAUAUUAUUGAAACAAUAUGUUCAUUUUUUUUAUUUCUUUUUUUUUUUUUAGCUUCCUCUUUCUCAAAAAGGAUUUUAGAUUUUUUGGGCCGUUUGCCCUAGAAAUUGUAGCACUGUGAUUGUUCCUAUUAGAAUGUUACUUAGAAUGCAGUGCACUGUAAAAAUAUUUGUAAACUAUCGUCUGAUGUAAUGGUUUGGUGUAUGAAUGUCAUUUACUAUUAAUGUUCUGGUUCCUGGCGAUAUCGACCGUCUCUAUUUGUGCAAUUUCCCCUUUCCCCUUUGUAAUUAAAUGUUAUGUUUAUUGUAAAAUACUCUGUAUACAUAUAGAUAUAGAAGUGUGAACAUAUUGUUGUUUAUAGUUUAAAAUUAGAAUUUUUUUUUUGUUUGUUUAUCUUUCUAAACUAUACAACUACUGUUCCACCAGUAUUUAUUUAUUACGAAUCCGAAUAAUUAUUAUUGUACAUGUAAUGUACCAAAUUAUAUAAAAAUUAAGAUUGUAGAAUUGUGUAUUUAUGGAUAAAAUUAUUGUAAGAUAUAUUUAUGUUUUAUCUGUUUA